GACGAUCAGAUGAAGGGUGGUUCACUCACUGAUCGGUUCGUUCUCGAUGGCAUCUAAGUUCCCUUCAACCAAGUGUCUGUUUUGUAGUAAAGUGUUAGAGGCGAAUGAACUGCAAAGUUUAAAGCCUCUUAAAAACAAAGAAAGAAGAAGAAGUAAAGUUUUUUAUUAUGACUAAAGUUCCUCCUGAUGGCGGAUUUGGAUGGCUAGUGGUUGCAGGCUGCGCAGUUACUAACAUUUUCAACCAAUCGUUGAUCUCCGUGUUCGGAUUGAUGUUCGGCGACUAUUUGAGUGCUUUGGGGGAAAAUGCCUUCGGUGCCGCGCUGGUGAUGAACAUGUGCAACAUUUCAUUGAAUUUCUCCGGACUCAUAACGGGGCCAAUAAUCAAAAAGUUCGGUGCGCGGAAGGCAGCUAUUCUGGGAAGUCUGCUGACCGGAGGAGCCAUGACAACGUGCUCUCGUGCCACCCAAAUGUGGCAGAUUUUGCUUUCAUACAGCAUGGCGUUUGGUUUUGGACUGGGUCUGAUUCAGUCAUCAACUUUCGUUGCCAUCAACUCCUAUUUUAGAUUCAAUAAAGGCAAGGCGGUUGGUUUUGCUUUGGCUGGUACAGGAAUUGGCCAAAUACUGAUGCCGUUGCUUGUGCAAUAUUUGCUUGAUUUGUAUGACUUUCGUGGUACCACACUUAUUAUCGGAGGCUUAGCGUUCAACGGAGUUGUCGGUUCCUUGCUUCUGCAACCAGUGGAAUGGCACAUGGUACACAACAAAGAUGAGGAAUCUGCCAACGAAACUAAACCACUUCUUAAUGGUUCUAGUAAUUCACCAAAAAAAUCCAACAAUGGUUGGUCAAAACUGGCUGCUCUCAUGGAUGUAGCAAUUUUGAAGAAAGCCUCGUUUCUAAACUUGAUCAUUGGCCUAGGCUUAGCCUACACGGCGUCCACAAGCUUCUCUCUUUUCUUCCCAUACUUUCUACAGAGAACAGCAAACCUCGACAUGCUCCAAGCAGCCAACUGCAUGUCGAUUCUCUCAACCACAGACCUUCUCACACGGGUCACAGUUCCAGCGUUUGUGGAUAAGAUGAACUUCUCGCAUAGAAACACCUUCCUCUUGGCGGGACUCUGUCUGGUUAUCGCACGAGCAAUAAUGGCCGAAAUGCGGAGCAUUGUAGCACUGAUGAUCACUUCAGCAUUCUAUGGAAUCUUCCGAUCGAUUACGAUUGUCAAUCAGAACCUCACAAUAGCGGAAUACUGCAGUGAACGGUCCUUGGAGGCGAUGCUCCCGAACGCCCUGGGAUUCAACAUGAUCACGAAAGGCAUCUUGGUUUUGAGUUUGGGACAAGUGCUCGGGUGGUUCGUAGAUUACAGUGGAAGCUACUCUAUGAACCUUCAUGCACAGAAUUUGCUCCUGGUAUCGACCUGUGUGUUAUGGCUUUGUGAGAUGUAUUUUAAAGGUGGAAGCUGAACAAGGAAACUUGUGGGAAAAUCAAAUCUGAAGUUUAUUUCAAAGCGAUCGUCAACUGUUUCAUUUUUUCUUGUGUUGAUAUAUCAAUUUGUAUUGCCUUAUCAUUUAAGUUUUGCGAAUUUUGGUUUAGGUUUUCAUGUGUAAUUUUGGUAUAAUGCUACCGAAGAAUAUUACGAUAGAUAUUUGGUCAAAUGUUUCUUCUAAUGAACUUACGUCAUCUACGAAGUCGA